CGCAUCGCGCGCCACUACCGCUUCUCCCUCGACUGGGCCCUCGCGGAGUGCUUCCCGGACGCGCCCGCGGUCGUCGUCGUCGAGGACGACCUGCUCUUCGCGCCCGAUUUCCUCGACUACUUCGGCGCCGUCGCGCCGGCGCUCGAGCGCGACGAGUCCCUGUUCGUGGCGUCGGCCUGGAACGACAACGGGUUCCUGGAGGACGGCGACAGGGCCGCGCUCCGGCGGACGUCGUGGUUCCCGGGGUUGGGCUGGCUGCUGCCCCGCGCGCUCUGGGAGCGCGAGCUCAGGCCCAAGUGGCCGAAGACGCAC